AAACAAUCUCUAGCUAGACACUAGCAGAACAAAUAAACCAGUCCGUGCACUCAGCAUCCCAGCUCCACGCUCUGUGCAGUUUCAAGGUCGGCAUACAAACCAAGCAGUAUGGGUAUGGCUCCAGCACGAGUUCUUGGAUUCGUGUCGCUCGCAGUCGCCUGCAUGCUGGCCAUCAUGGCCGCCGCUGGUGACGCCGCCACCAGCACUCCGUCGUCUCCGACGCCGACCACCGGAUGGCUGAAGGCGCAUGCCACGUUCUACGGCGGGGCCGAUGCCUCGGACACCAUGGGAGGGGCGUGCGGGUACGGGAACCUCUACUCCCAGGGCUACGGCACGCGGACGGCGGCUCUGAGCACGGUGCUCUUUCAGGAUGGGGCCUCAUGCGGCCAGUGCUACAAGAUUGCGUGCGACCGUAAGAAAGCCGACUCCAGGUUCUGCAAGCCCGGCGUCACAGUCACCGUCACGGCCACCAACUUCUGCCCCCCCAACUCGGCGCUGCCCGAGGGUGGCUGGUGCAAUCAGCAGCGCCCGCACUUCGACAUGGCGCAACCGGCUUUCGAGAAGAUCGGCGUCUACACCGGCGGCAUCAUCCCCGUCAUGUACAAGAGGGUUCCUUGUGUGAAGCGAGGUGGGGUGCGGUUCACAAUCAAUGGUCACGACUACUUCAAUCUCGUGCUCGUGACCAAUGUUGCAGGAGCUGGCUCCAUCAAGUCAAUGGACGUCAAGACCUCCAACUCCAAUAGUUGGAUAUCAAUGGCACGCAACUGGGGUGCGAACUGGCACUCUCUUGCUCACCUUACUGGACAGAUGCUCUCAUUUAGAGUAACGGACACGGAUGGACAAACUAUUGAAUUCACAAACGUUGUGCCACAAGGAUGGAAGUUUGGCCAAACAUUUGCAUCCAAGUUACAGUUCAAGUGAGCUCCGUACGUACAGGAUUUCCAAUGACCUAAAUAGUUGCGCACUUGUGGGAGUAUAUAUGAUUCAAAGACGCUCAAAAUGUAUGCAUGCAUGUAUGGAUCGGAGUUGCUGGAGUCGUACACUAUAUAUAUAUAUAUAUAUAUAUAUAUAUAUAUAUAUAUAUAUAUAUAUAUAUAUAUA